AUGGAUCCAUUGAGCGUGAUUGCCUCUGUAGCGGGGAUUGCAACCGCUGCAGGUGAGGUCAUCAAGAUUCUCGGUCCAUACACAACUGCAAGAGAGGACGCACCCAAGAUUGCGGCUGAAGUCUCCUCUGAAGCUCUCGCGACCCAAACUAUCAUUGCUGGGCUAGAACAGCUCAUCAGCAACUUCUCCACGUCUAAUGUGAGAUACGCGUCACUGAUACAGGUGGAUCAGUUGACAGCAGUGCUCUUCGAUGGAGUCAAGAUAUUUUCCGAGCUGUUGACAGCGCUGCAGACGCUGCCGCCACUUGAACCUAGUAGCCCUGGUGGAAGCCUGUGGACGCCGAUCCAGUGGGUCAGAAAGAAGAGUUCUUUAGCUGCAAUACUCCACAGAUUGCAGGCAUUCAAGUCAUCUAUCGUCUGCAUCUUAAGCAUUCUGCAGAGCGAUUCUCAAGCAAGAGCUGAAGAAGGUCAGCAGCUGUUAAUUACAGCAGUAGAUGACCUGCUCCGAUGCAACACUGAUCUAUCUAGGAGGAUGAUGGGCAUGGAAAACACUAUCGAUGCAAUGUCGCGUCGCCGAGCAACAAUCCAGUCCACGAGAGACAUGGAUACCCUGGAUCGUAAGAGUACGUCAUCUUGGCGGUCCUCUCUCUUCGAAUUUGACUUUGAGCAUGAUCUCAAAUUAUCUCGUGUUUACCGUCAUGCCAAGAGAGAUACCAUGGACUUUUCAGCACGCAGUUCUGUGGCCCCCACCCACGCAUGGUCGAGCUUGUCCGGAAUCAGUCUGAGUGACAUAUCUCACAUUUCCGUCCUAGCUCUUCCGCUGUACGUAGAGGACAUCUCGAAUCCACAGCAUUAUAAAUUUGGGAGGGAUAUCAUCCAGCUUACACCUUUACUGGCUCCAACGAUUCUCACGAGAUCGAUCUACCACGACUGCAUUGAAGUGCAACUUCAGUUAUCGCAGUUCGAAUGGUUCGCGCAGUUCCAGCAUCAGCUCUCCGAGGAUGAAAGUCCACUGUCAAAUCUUAUCUCCAUAUUUAGUCUAGGUACACCACUGCUGAUGCUGUUCGAUCAACUCGACAAUUCAUAUCACGAGAGAUGGAAAGAAUUGAUCGCGUCGAGUCCAUCUGACGAGGUAUCAAAAGCCGCGAUAACUGAGUUUGUUGAAGCUUGCAUCCAAUGUUCGCAUAUCCCCCCAUCCCAUUACGUCACGGAUACCGAAAUCCUACUUGACGAUACGACGAAUCAUGUGAAGGUCAUCAGCCUAGUGCGACUCCUUCUUUCGAGGCUAACCAAAGCCAGUGUAAUUCAAGCGAUCGUAUUUGAAUCUGCACCCAAUAUCUUUGCCAUGGAGCCCAACCCCGCAGGUUUGGCUGUGGAUGCAUUCCUCUGCGAUGAGAGGCUCUAUCUCCAACAUCUGGAGAGUCUAUUCGAAAAUGUCAAGAAGAUCAGAUCAUCUCGCAUCCUCCCCACAGAUACUUUCGACCCCUUGUUUGCGCCCGUCGGCCCACUGGUCAAUGUUCAAAGACAGUUUCUGAUAAAAGCCGAAAUGCUGGUUUCGAAACCGCAUGCACAGCAAACUUGGCAAAAGGCUUUCCAGGAAUGGGCAGUAGAUUCGAGCCCUUAUUAUGCCGCCCUCAUCACCGGGGAAGCAGAGUCAAAGUCAAUGGUCAGAGCUGCAUUCUCAUCGAGCAAUGUUAACGAUUUCGAGCGUCGAGGAUUAUUAGGCGAUGUCCUAGCAGUGCUUGGCCUUCCCACUCAACGACUAGACAAAUACGAUGCCCUUUUAGAAGAACUUACCCAAUACGGGCUCCAUGACCUUGAUCACAUAACAUCAGCAAAAACGAGUCUAAAAAUGGUUAAAGAGGCUGUUAACGAUUCCAACAUUGCUCGGGAACUCAACCGUGCUAAAGCUGCGCUGUCUAAAGACCAAGAUUAUGAGACCAAUAAGGUUAUUUGGGGACUGGGUAAACUCUUGAUGUUUGAUAGAGUCGAUACAAUGGAUGCUGGACAAGAAAAGAUCCAGCUCUAUUUGUUCCAGAAGGGGAUUUUGCAAGCAGUAGAAUCGCUCCCGAAGAGUCGACGAAGAGGUAUGCUAGGAUAUGGGAAGCCUUCCCCUCUAGAACUCCUCAGAGCCCGGCUGUCGAUUGUUCAAAUCAUUCUUGCAAAGGACAUCAAGCAAGUAGAAGAAGUCUCCGUAUCAGCUAAACAAGGAUUAAAUGCUUGCGAUAUUAAGUGGAUGGAUGAUGAAAACGAAUGCCAUAUCUGCUUUACUAUUGGUUCCCAAACAAGGUGUAUGGAAUGGAUAAAUCAAAUCAAAAAGGUCCAGCAUCAAAACCAACUCUACCUACGCUAUAAAAAGCUCCAGGGCAUGGCCCGGGCAGAAUACCCCUUGGUGUUGUUGGGUGCCGGGGGGUGUAGAACCAGUGAUCUCACCAUCCAAUUCGUCAAGCCCUACUUUUACGAUGAUUUUGACCCCUCCAAGCAAGACACAUAUCGUAGAUCAUGCGUCAUUGACAAUGAAGUUGCUGAAAUCGACGUGAUUGACACGACUGGACAAGAAGAGUAUUCUUAUUUUGCAACGAUAAAUCAGUUUGGCCGAGAAGUAGCAGGCUUCAUGCUGGUUUACAGUGUCACAAGUCGUCAGGGCUUUGAAGGAAUUACCACUUACUAUGAUCAGAUCCUGAAGCAAAAGGACAAGGAUUACUUCCCGACGGUUAUAGUUGGCAUUGAGUGUUUGCAGGAAUCGCUCAGAGAAGUAUCAACAGAAGAAGGUCGAUCCUUGGCAAAACGACUUGGUUGCAUAUUCGUUGAAGCAGAUGCCGAGUCCAGUGUCAAAGUCGAUGCGGCAUUCUUUGACUUGGUACGGGAGGUUCGACGGUAUCGCCGUGAUAUGAUUGGGUGUUGGUAA